AUGGAAGAGGAUAUCCUACAGGAGUCGCCCGAAACUCCCGAUCAGACUCCAGGCGACGUCUUCAUACCGCCUUCGAUAGAUCCGCCGCGCCUGCUCUCCGGAGACUCCUACACCCACUAUUCCCCUUGUCCGAGUACACUGAAGCUGGCUAGCACAUCGACCUCCCUGUCUGAUGAAGCUGCUGAUUCAACACCAUGUGUUUUGGGCGUUGAUGAGGCUGGGCGCGGUCCCGUUCUGGGGCCCAUGGUCUACAGUGCCUUUUACCUCCCCAAAGACUUAGAACAUUCGCUCCUUACUCGUGAUCAUAGUUUCAACGACAGCAAAGCCCUCACGCCCGGUGUGCGCUCGAAUCUGAUGCGUCUCCUAUGCACAAGUGACCAUCCGCUUCACAAUUCCUGCGGGUGGGCAGUCAAGGUUCUUUCUGCCCGUGAUAUUUCUUCCGGCAUGAUGCGUCCUGGCGUAGGGGCUUACAACUUGAACGCGCAAGCGAUGGAUGCUACAAUUGAGAUCAUCCGUGGCAUUAUAGAAGAGAGACAUGUUGAUGUGAGAGAGGUCUAUAUAGACACAGUCGGAAAUCCGGCAUCCUAUCAGCAGAAGCUGGAGCGGAUCUUCCCGUCUCUAAAGAUCACUGUCGCGAAGAAGGCUGACGCACUAUAUCCAUGUGUCAGUGCAGCCAGUGUUGUCGCGAAGGUGACUAGAGAUGCUGCGCUAGAUGUAUGCUACGAGGCUCUUCAGCGAGAUCGACAGGAGGCCUCGCAAGAAACGCAAACACCAGCUGACGGCUGGGGCAGCGGAUAUCCGUCUGACUCCAAGUGUGUUGGCUGGCUGCGGAGAGAGAUGCAUUCCAUAUUUGGUUGGGGCAAUGAAUGCCGAUUUAGCUGGGGUACUGCAAAAGAGAUGCUGGAGGGAAAGGAAGCGACAAAGGUGGAAUGGCCUGCAGACGACGACGACACGACGCGACUCACAGAUUUCGUUUUGAGCCAUGGUUCUAACGAGACUGGGAAAAAUGAUGAAUUGUGUAAUUGGUAUGGAAACAAGUUUGGUGAAAUGUACGAUAACGAGUGA